ACGACACGGGGCACGUGACUGCCCCGCGCCACGUGACGGGGGCCGGGAGAGCGGCGGAGCGGGAGCGGAGCGGUGCAGCCAUGGUGUCCAGAAAGCAGCUGGCAGACUUUGGCUACAAGGCCUUCUCGGGCUCCAUGAUGCUGCUGACGGUGUACGCCGGUUACCUGUGCAGUGUGCGUGUGCAGAGAAUGCUCCAGCACCGCCGCCAGCGAGAGAGCACGCCUGGGGCUGAGAGCUGAGCCUGUCCUGGGGCUGGGGCUGAGCCUGUCCUGGGGCUGGGGCUGACAGCUGGGACCAGCCCCACGAGCUGAGCCUGUGCUCGGAGCCCCCAGCCCCACCUUCCUGCUGCCCCCUGGCCUGGGGAGGCAGAUGGAGUGCAAUAAAACCCAUGUUAAAGUUG